AGGUUCAACCCCAUCAGACAGCAGUAUCAGUCAGUGUGUCCCUGAUGAUGAGGUCAGACUGCUGUGGUGGAAAGGAUAAAAGAAGCAGAAGCAGAGAUUCAGUUCAGUUGGGAGGGACUCAGAGUGUGACUACAGCAGGACAGCAGACGGAUGUUAGGAUUCACACAAUGUCAUAAACUCUUCUGUCAUUUGACACCUAAUCAUUAUACUGACUCUCAGUACUAGGAUGGUAAGUUAAGGUAAUUGUACACAUUUGCAUCAAAGGAGGAUCAUGAACAACUCUACAUAUGUUUCAUAUUUCAUGCUCUCUGCCUACUUUGACACUGGGCUCUUUAAAUACUUGUUUUUCAUGAUCAUCAUGUCUUUAUAUAUUCUGAUUAUUUGUGCCAAUGUUUCUCUGAUUGUGAUUAUCUGUAUGAACAGAAGUUUACAUGAACCUAUGUACCUGUUUCUGUGCAGCCUGUUUGUAAAUGAACUGUAUGGUAGUACAGGGUUGUUUCCAUUCCUUCUGCUUCAGAUCCUCUCUGACGUUCACACGGUUUCUGUUCCCUUUUGUUUCCUGCAGAUUUUCUGUUUGUAUACAUAUGCAAAUGUACAAUUUUGUAAUUUAGCCAUCAUGUCCUAUGACAGAUACCUUGCUAUCUGUUACCCUCUACAAUAUAAUACAGGUAUGACCUUGAAGAAAGUUGCCACACUUAUUGCUUUAACAUGGUUAUUCCCAUUUGUUGAAGUUGCUGUCAUGAUAUGUCUGACUGCCUCUUUGCAGCUGUGUGGGAACAUUAUUAACAAAGUGUACUGUGAUAACUACUUUAUUGUCAACCUGGCCUGCUCUGAUACAACAGUUAACAACAUCUAUGGACUUGUUUACAUGUUUACCAUAGUAGCUGGUCUUGUAACUUUAAUCUUUUACACUUACAUGAGGAUUCUUAAAGUUUGUUUUUCUGGUUCUAAACAGACCAGACAAAAAGCUUUCAGUACCUGCACACCUCACCUUGCUUCUCUGCUCAACUUCUCUUUUGGCUGUUUCUUUGAGGUUUUACAGAGCAGGUUUAAUAUGAGCAGUGUACCCAACAUGUUACGAAUACUUUUAUCAUUAUAUUUUCUUACAUGCCCGCCUCUCUUAAAUGCAGUACUGUAUGGACUGAAUUUGUCUAAAAUCCGUGUCAUAUGUAAAAAUCUGUUGUUUGCUGAAAUGUAG